AUGUCUCGCGCACCGAUCCACGACACUCCCAUCCUAGGCAUGACCACCCGCCCUCACGUCGCCGCCGCCGUCGAAUACGGCAACCCGGCUUCCUUCUGGGUCGAGUAUUCCUCCGGGCUCAUCGACCUGACUCGCACCGCGCACCUCCCGAAGGGAGCGCUAGACGUGGGCACGGCCGCACAGGCCGAGAAGGCAGAAGAUGCUCCGAUCCCGCCGCUGCAGAGCAACUCGCAGUUCGAGCUUCCGGUCGACGGCGACAGGGUGCUGCGAAUCGCGAAAGAGCGCAGCGCGAUCGUUAUCAUCGACAUGCAGAACUUCUUCCUUCAUCCUGACCUGAGGGAGCACCCGACCGGGCUUGCAUGCGUGGACCCGCUCAUGAAAGCCGUCCCUGCGCUGCGCUCGCAGGGUGUGAAGAUCCUCUGGGUAAAUUGGGGCCUGACAGAACAUGAACUCACCACGAUCCCGCCGUCUCUGGUGCGCGGCUUCAUGAAGAAUGGCCGCGGCGGGUUCGGCGCGAAGCUGCCAGGCAAUUUCGGCCGCUUGCUCAUGAGGGGCGAAUAUAACUCGGACCUCUACGGCCCCCUGCAGGGUUUGUACGAGGAAGGGGAAAAGGCAGGUACAGACCUCUGGAUUCAUAAGAACCGAAUGAGUGGGUUAUGGGGCUACCAAACCGCAUUGGACUUGUAUCUCGAGCAGAGCGGGAUCGCGACGCUCUUCUUCGCUGGUGUUAACGCAGACCAGUGUGUCCUCGGUACCCUCGUGGAUGCCUACUUCCGGGGGUACGAUUGUAUUGUCGUUGAAGAUGGAACGGCGACCACUUCACCAGCUGGAGCGCUGGAGAAUGUGCUGUAUAACUCUGGCAAUAGCUAUGGCUUCGUCACCGACUCGGAGAGAAUUGUAGCCGCCUGCCAGACUUGA